UAAAAGAUAGAGAGUAAUAUCUUAUCCGUAAAGCAUCCCCCUCAUAGGAUCAAGAAGAUGUUCAUGUCCAUUCAAAAGAAGAAGCGCCAACAGACCUCCUUUCAACUUGUCCAAUGGAUGCUCUGUUCGUCAAUUCCUCUCUUUCCCGCCUCAAAUUACUCAAAUGCCCCCUUCAAUUCCCUACCUUCUCUCCCUUAGCCCAUCAACCUUUUCUCCAACUCAAAAAACUGAACAAAUUCCCACUUGUAUUUGCUACACUUCAGAACCAGCAACAACAACAAGAAAGAGAAGAAGAAGAAGAAGAAGAAGAAUUGGUGUUUCAAGAUUAUGAUAAGGAUGAAACGUACGGUGAAGUUAACAAGAUCAUUGGGAGUCGAGCAAUUGAAGGAGGGAAAGGAAUGGAGUAUUUGAUAGAGUGGAAAGACGAACAUGCCCCUACUUGGGUUCCUUCUGAUUUCAUUGCUAAAGAUGUUGUAGCUGAAUACGAAACACCUUGGUGGAAUGUGGCGAAAAAGCCGGAUGAGUCUGCUCUUAAGAAGCUUCUAGAAGCUGAUGAUGGCAGAGAUGUAAAUGCUGUUGAUGAGGAUGGACGUACGGCUUUGCUCUUUGUUUCAGGUCUCGGGUCGGAGCCCUGUGUAAAGCUGCUAGUUGAAGCUGGUGCUGACGUCAAUUACCGCGAUAGAAAUGGCGGUUUAACGGCUCUGCAUAUGGCAGCCGGGUAUGUGAAGCCUGGGGUUGCCAAGCUGUUAAUUGAGCUUGGCGCAGAUCCUGAGGUGGAGGAUUACAGAGGGCAGACACCGUUGAGCUUGGCGAGGAUGAUAUUGAAUCAAACACCUAAAGGAAAUCCAAUGCAAUUCGCGAGGAGGUUAGGGUUAGAAAAUGUGAUUAGGGUAUUGGAGGAUGCAAUUUUCGAGUAUGCUCAAGUGGAAGAGAUAUUGGAAAAGAGAGGGAAAGGUGAAAAUGUAGAGUAUUUAGUGAAAUGGAAGGAUGGAGAGGAUAAUGAAUGGGUGAAAGCAUGGCUGAUAAAUGAGGAUUUGGUAAACGAUUUUGAGGCUGGAUUGGAAUAUGCAGUGGCGGAGUGUAUUUUGGAGAAGAGAGACGGUGAGGAUGGGAAAGGCGAAUACUUGGUUAAAUGGACUGAUAUUGAGGAAGCUACAUGGGAGCCUCAAGAAAAUGUUGACCCCCUUCUGAUAGAAGAUUUUGAAAAGGGUCAACAGAAAGUAGAACAUCUUCUGGAGGGUCAUGAAAAUUUAGGAGAGAGAAUUAAGUGAAAAAGUGAUGGUAGUUGUGAGUCAUUUAUUCAAAUGUGCACUAAGGUCUCAUCCUUGUGAAGCUGUAUUGGUGUUAAACUUCCAAGUACUGUCUGAAGAUGAGGUUUUAGCAGUGUUAUUUUGUUGACUUGGAAUUUGAAGUGUGGCUGAAAGCUUAAGUUUACCAAUCUAACAUUGGUUCCUACAGCAUGUAUAGGAUUUUAGUAGGUGUGCUGCAUAAAAAGGUAGUUUGUACAAUUUUGAACUUUGUGGUCUUUCUCUUUCAUUAGUUGACAAGCAGCUUACUGAAAGCCUGUCAUUAUGAACUAGCAGUGCUGCUGUAAGUGGUAUCUCUUUGGAUCAUGAUCUGAAGGGAAAAAAACCAACAAGGGCUAUGUGUUUUAGUCCAUAAUUUGAAAGACUGUAUUUUUUUUAAUCCUGAAACUGUUGAAGUAAAAGCAAUUUCAGGUAGUAUGGACUAUGUGUUUUCUGUAGUUUCCUAUCGACAUCAAAUCAAUGGGAGACUUUGAAAUUGUGAAAAUCGUGAUUUCUGAUCUCAGGAUUAGCUCAUAAUAAUAUGCUCUCCUAUUCGAUAACUCUGUUUGCUGCUUCUUUUCUACAUUUCCUAUUCAUGUUUUAAUGUAAUCUGUUUCAAUAAUGACAAUUACUCUUGCUUGAUUGA